UCAGUUUCGUGCAAAACGUGGAAGCGGCUGGUCAACCCAAGAAAAACACCACAGAACACUCAGAAAUCAUUCGAAAGAAAAUUGGAAAAUUUGACAUUGGUCUUCAGACUAGUCAACAAAAAAAAAAACAAAACCUAUUCAAAGUUUGCAAUCAUCACGUUUGAUUAAUUGCGCUCAGUUGGACUAAUUUGGCAAUCUGCUGGUUCAGCGGAGGAAACUAACAAAAAACCGAAGAAAAACUGCAAGUUGCGCUGUAAAAACCGGAAAUUCUAGAUCUCUCGGAUCUCACGAUCCCAGCGUAUAUAAACAAAACAAAGCGGCACCUUUAGACACACAACAACAACUAAAAGAAACCGAAGAAAAACCCACGAAAAAAGUGACACAAAUAAAGCAAAUCGCGAUCGCUGUGUCCAGUCGAUCCGCAAAAAAUAAUACCUAUGGCCCCCGUAUACCUAUAACACCCAUAAUACCUAUACCUAUACCCCCUCCCGCCGAGAAACGCUGAGUGUUGAGUUUAUUUCUGUUUCUGUGUCGGCUUCAGCGGUUUUUUCGCCUUUUUUUCUGUUAUUAUUGCCGGCCAGAAGCGAAGGAAAAAUCGAAAUCGACGGCUAGUCGCGGAAAAUCGUGCGCUCUUAAAGUAACAUAUUUAUUUUUAACAAUUUCGCAAGCGUUCAAAUUUUGCUCCAGCAAAAAAUCAGAAUCAGAACUCACCAACCAACCAGACAAUCGCAACCUGAACAACAACAAUAAAUAUAGAUCGGCUGUGGGAUCGUUAAGUAGGAAAAAAAGAAAAACAAAAACCAAAAGGCUAAAAAAACCAAAAACCAAAACAAAAACCAAACCAAAAGGCAACGACGACGGCCGGCAAAUUUGGAUCUCAAAAUUUAGCUCGGAAAAGCGACAGGAGACAACGGGACGACAGGAACUCCGGCAAGGACAAUCGGAAAACCGCAGGCGAGGAUUGCGACAGCGAUGUCCACGGCGACUUGUGCCCGCUUCUGCACGCCUUUGUCAUCCGGCACGGCAGGAUCCACAUCAAAAUUGACAACCGGAAACGGAAGCGGCAACACGAUGACGUCGGCGUACAAAAUUCCAUCAAACAACAGCACAACAGCAAAUGACAGCAGCAACACAGAGACAACAUUCACAUUCAAAUUGGGCCGCUCGAACGGCCGAAGUAGCAGCAAUGUAGCCUCAAGCGAGUCAUCCGAUCCACUGGAGUCCGAUUACAGCGAGGAGGAUCCGGAGCAGGAGCAGCAGCGACCCGAUCCGGCGACCAACAGCCGGAGCAGCAGCACCGCCACCACCACCACCACCAGUUCCGCUGACCAUGACAAUGACGUCGACGAGGAGGAUGAGGAGGACGACGAGAACGAGGGGGAGGGCAACGGCCGGGAUGCGGAUGACGCCACUCACGAUUCCAGCGAGAGCAUCGAGGAGGACGAUGGCAAUGAAACCGAUGACGAGGAGGACGACGACGAGUCGGAGGAGAGCAGCAGCGUCCAGACCGCGAAGGGAGUGCGCAAAUACCACUUGGACGACUACCAGAUAAUCAAAACAGUGGGCACGGGCACCUUUGGACGAGUUUGCUUAUGUCGCGAUCGCAUUUCGGAGAAGUACUGUGCCAUGAAGAUUCUGGCCAUGACCGAAGUCAUUCGUCUCAAACAGAUUGAGCACGUCAAGAACGAGCGGAAUAUAUUGCGCGAAAUACGACAUCCGUUUGUCAUCAGCCUGGAAUGGUCCACAAAGGAUGACUCAAAUCUGUAUAUGAUCUUCGACUAUGUCUGCGGCGGCGAGCUGUUCACAUAUCUGCGAAAUGCGGGAAAAUUCACUAGUCAAACCUCCAACUUCUAUGCGGCUGAGAUCGUCAGUGCCCUAGAAUACCUGCACUCACUGCAAAUUGUUUAUCGCGAUCUGAAGCCAGAGAAUCUGCUGAUCAAUCGGGAUGGUCAUUUGAAGAUAACCGAUUUUGGAUUUGCCAAAAAGCUGAGGGAUCGCACUUGGACAUUGUGUGGAACGCCCGAGUAUAUAGCACCUGAGAUAAUUCAGUCCAAGGGUCAUAAUAAAGCCGUAGAUUGGUGGGCAUUGGGAGUUCUCAUCUACGAAAUGCUCGUGGGAUACCCACCAUUCUACGAUGAACAGCCCUUUGGGAUCUACGAGAAAAUAUUGAGCGGUAAAAUUGAGUGGGAGCGACAUAUGGAUCCCAUUGCCAAAGACUUGAUCAAAAAGCUGCUGGUGAAUGAUAGAACCAAACGACUGGGCAACAUGAAGAAUGGCGCCGAUGACGUGAAGAGGCAUCGCUGGUUCAAGCACUUGAAUUGGAAUGACGUCUACAGCAAGAAACUUAAGCCACCAAUUUUGCCCGAUGUACAUCACGAUGGGGAUACCAAAAAUUUUGAUGAUUAUCCCGAAAAGGAUUGGAAGCCCGCCAAGGCAGUAGACCAAAGAGAUUUGCAGUACUUCAAUGAUUUCUAAAUAAGAGCCGAGAAAUUGUAGUUUUUUGUUUUCUGUUGAAAAUUUUGGUAUAAUUUGCGACAGCAAGAACAUUCAUUAUUUAUACUGGCAAUUAAGUGUUUAAAGUGCUGUGUUGAUGCAAUGAUAUGUAAUGGUACAUAUAUUUAUAUACAUAAAUUAUAUUAUAAAAUACGACUAUACAUAAACAAUACACCCGUACAUAGUAAGAAUAAGUUUAUACCCGUAAUGUUAUGUCUAGCGAGUGACGUCUAAAAUUAUUUAUAUAUACUUAAUUGUUUAAAUGUUCAAAUUGCGAGCAGUCCCCAAAACUAGAAAGCAACACCUAUAAAAGUACAGCUAAAGUACAGUAAAGAAUAUAUUAUUAAAAAACAACAAAAUAUUAACGUAAAACGUUGAAUAAAGUGAU